CUGGCACUAGCAUAAGGAAACAAGGGUGUUUAUAGUGAUUCUAUCUCUGGUGCUGCUCGAUAUCUCCGAUAUGCUGGAACACGACAUAGAUGGUCUGGAAAACCAACACACUAGCCUCUGCUAUGUCCAUUGAUGAGCAUGUAGUAUAUUCAAAUACAACUAUUGGGCAUCAGCCGUAGUUAUUGGUGUUGAACCUCACUGCUUCUCUGGUCCACACGCAGAGCAGCGAUGCUAGAAAUCGUCUACGGUCUUGAACCAGUUCUUGAAGUGUUUACACAUAUCUUGGGUCAAAGAAGUAACAAUGUUACCACCAACAAUUGUGCAGCAUAUUUUGCUCCAGCGCUUGCAGAUCUCUAGUUGCCACUGCCUCUCAGUCCCUGAUUCGCCUUCAAUAAUCUAAAUGGAAUACCAACCCGCUAGAAUGCUCAGCAGAGUAAAAGUGAAAGACCCGCCAGACCUUCCAAACUCAUACAACUCCUGCACUUCGGCUGUUGCCACGUGUGCCGCACAGCACCCCGCAACCGGGCCUGGUGGAAUCCCAACCAUCACCACCUUCCCGGGACACCUCAAGGUGACGACCCCCCAUUACCCAGUACCGGAUAGCACGCGACAAGACUUUCAUGGGGGAGUGUACGGCCAUGAAAAGUAGGAUCCGCACUGACACCACACAGAGACUAGAGCAAACAUGUGAGGGCCAGAAAGAAGACAAAGGCGAGAAGGAGGAAAGAUCGAACAGCAACUAGAGACCUGCAAGGGCAGGAUCAAAUCGUGCUGUGCAAGAGUACAGCGAUGUUGCGAAUUGUAAGUGUACCAAGAAAUACAGUUUUUAUUUCGGCAAAGGUGCGCUAGUGGAGAACGGCAAUAAAAACGGUUAGUAUGGAACACGAAGUGGAAAGUAAGAGUAUUUACCUAUCCAGAAAACAGUGAGUUUACGCGGCUGAACCAUGGGCAGAUAACAAAGUACAAGUGUGUGUAGGAAUAGAGUGGAUAUUAUGUGUAGCAAUAUUUUAUUAAGACAAGGAAGAGAAAAGGUUUUGGAAGAGGCG